GCAUAUAAAGUGAACAAAGAAAAUAUGUAAUUAUUUGUUUAGAAAAUUAGAUUCAGAAAGGUCAACUUAUUUCUGAUACUGAUAUUUACACGUGUAUAUGACUAAAUACAAUUUAUCAAUAAAUAAAUUACAAAUACAUGUAUACCGUAUGUAUCGAAUACACUCCAUCCGGAUCACGUGAUAUUGUCUUUUGUAGAGGCGAGUUACUCCGGGUAGGUCCUCCAUCCGGAUCACGUGAUAUUGUCUUUUGUAGAGAGCGAGCUACUCCGGGUAGGUCAUCGAGUUCAAACAGGUUUCCAUAAUGGAGAGACUUCUAACUUAUAUUACAAAUGUUGUUAAUUUUAUUUAGAUAUCGACGAUAUGGGGCUACGUUUAUCGCCAUACAAAAUGUUUUUAAAAAAUUGAUGAUUAUAUCUUGCUUAACGUCUCUCUCGCAAAAUUUUCACUUAUAUGGAGACGUCACCAAAACCGUUGAAGGGCUUAAAAUGUAGGUCUUUGCUCGGCGCUUACGGCCUUUGAGCAGUGAGGGUUCUUUAGUGUGCCUCACCUACUGCGACACGGGACAUCCGUUUUUAAAGUCAUCUCCGAGGACCCGUGACAUUCACACCUGAUGCCGAGCAUUUGGCAAUGGAACUGUCACUACCUGUUAUAACGACUUAUUUCUGUCGUGGCCAAGAUUCGAACUUCGACCUUCUGCAUGCGGGGCGAACGCUAUAACAUUUAGGCCACCGCACCAUAGCCUAAAUAAUUUAACUGUACCUAAUAUCGUCCAUAUAUUUCCAGAUCUGUAAAAAAUAUGGGCGGCGCCAAAUUCCAAUGGGAAUUUCAGCUAAUGAGGAAACCCCAAGCUUAAACUCGAGAGUUUUAUACCGUUUGUGGCGAAUUUAUGCGCAUUGUAACAUUUAAAUCAGAAUAGUGCAAAUGUUAAUCAUGUAAAUUCUAACAUGAAACAAGAAAAUUUAGUUUUAUAGAUAUAUUGGGGGCUACUUCAUAUAGCCAUUUCAUUUCAUCCUUUAGUAUGAAGUGUAUUUGGGACAAGACGGACAUUAAUUGUAAAUUUCAGGACUCCUACACCCCUGGAGUCUUAAAGGCGGUGCAAAAUCUUCUCUACAAUCGCACAUGUGUAAGAAAAAUUAAAUGCAUAGUGAUGUAGAUUAAGAGGGCCUCUACAAACAAUUAAAUUUUAUGACCGGGUAUUAUUUUUUUUCCUGUGAGCACUUGUUACAUAUUUAGUACAUCACAAUAUAAUAUAGGGUUUGAAUGAAACGUAUGUUGACGGUUAAAACAGUUUUACAUAUAAUUUCCGUAUUAGUUGAAAAUAACUACAUGUAUUUGAAUAACAAUAAGAAUUACACUGAUUUCUGCAAUAUUUUUUCAGCGGCGGUAUCUAUGACUGAAUGUGCUUUUGAUAACGUGUUUGGGUACAUGUAUUAGCAAUAUCAUCACCUUUCAUCACAACGAAUUAACAUGUAUUGAAAUAUAUAAUAUAUAUAAAAGCACUAUGGCAUACCAGAAACAUUCAUCAAUAUCAUAAAGAACAUGUAUGAUGGAAGCAGAUGCUGCGUGCUAGAAGAUGGCAAAACAUCAGACUGGUUCGAGGUAAAAUCUGGGGUCAAACAAGGCGGUGUCAUGUCAGGAUUCCUCUUCAUUAUCAUUGUUGACUGGAUAAUGAGAAAUACAAACAACAGAAAUCGAGACAUCAGAUGGAAAUUCACCAGCAGACUGGAUGACCUCGCCUUAUUAUCCAGCCGAUUAGCUGAUUUGCAAGAAAAGACUGAAAGACUGCACACAGUAGCCAAAUACACCGUCCUAAACAUCAAUGCCAAGAAAACAAUGACAAUGAGAAUGAACUGCAAAACCAAUCAAAAAGUGAAAAUCGAUAAUAAGGAAGUAGAAGACACCGAUUCCUUCUUAUACCUUGGAGCUACUAUGGACAAAACUGGUGGCACCGAAUUUGAUAUAACCAGAAGACUUGGGCUUGCAAGAUCAGCCUUCAGUGCACUAAACAAGAUCUGGAAGUCAUCUAAAUUCAAAACUGAUACUAAACUGCGCCUCUUCAACACAAAUGUAAUAUCUGUCCUCCUGUACUGUGCAGAGUUAUGGCGAACAACUAAAAAAGACGAGGAAAGAUUAGAUACCUUCCAGCGCAAAUGCCUUCGUAGAAUACUCAACACCUACUGGCCAGAGAAGAUCUCAAAUGAUGAUCUCUAUAGAUGGACAAAUACCAUACCAUUGUCAAUCAGCAUCAAAAUCCGUAGAUGGAGAUGGAUUGGCCAUGUUCUGCGAAGGAACAACAACAGAAAUAUAAAGAUUGCACUAACAUGGACGCCAGAAGGGAAGAGGAGAACUGGAAGACCAAGGAAUACCUGGCGAAGGACAGUCGAAAGCGAAAGGAACAAUCUCGGAUGGACCACUUGGCAGAGAGCUGAAGUCGUGGCAGCAGACAGGUGAAGAUGGCGAGGGAUGUUGGCCGGCCUCAAGAGUCCAUAGGGCCCAGAGAGGAUAUGUAUAUUUCCUUAGAUGGCCGAGCGGUCUAGGACGCUGGUUACAUGCUGCUAAGAGAUUUGGUUCCACAGGUCGUGAGUUCAACCCCGGGUAGGAGCAGAACAUUAUGACUUGAGACAUGUGAUGCCGGUAAAGGAUCAAGGAAGAAUCCACGAGGGACUGUGUAAUACCACCCAUUGAUAAAGUCCAGGACUACAGCCCUGGAGAAACUCAUUGGUGGAGAAUCAGUGCAAUAAGACAGUCCAUGAAAUAAGGAGGAGUUAAUUGAGGGCCAAAUGAAAGCUAUGUGGAUGAACACUUUGAUUAUUUGAGUGAAAACCUUGAACACUGAACUGUUCACAUAACAUAUAAGUAGAUAGGAUUUAUCUUUUGAUUUGAAUGAAAGUGAGAGGGAGUGUAUGCGAGUGAGUUAUGGUACAUAUAUAUAUACAUCUCUUGCUUGUGUAAAUAAAUUCAUAAAUUG